CUUGCAGCCAACUGUCAUCUCGUCACCUCUGCUCAUGUGCAUGUGAGCAAGGCAAAUAAUCUCUCCUUGACCAUCAUGAUAUCAUGAAACCCUAAUACGGCAGCUUCUGUUAAGAGUUGCAGCACCCGACGAUCCAGCCAUGCCAUCGUCCACCAUGGCCGCAAACGAUUCCACCUUGUCAUCGCGCGCCAACCAAUAUGUGCGCGAGGUUCUGCAUAACACCGAGACACCCCCAGUCAUACCCGUUCGCUAUUUCUACACAUCGCCGCUCGCUAUAGAUGACCCGCUGUCACCCAUACCGCCACCACCAACAGGCACCUCGACUGCCAAAAGGGUUCCUCCACGACCUUUCUCCGAAUACGACAACGAAGCUAUCCAGGAAUCAUGGCACACGCUCCGAAAGAAGAUUCUCAAGCACAAUGAGGAGUUUGGUGAGAAGGACGGGACGGGGAGAGGCACGCCAACGAACCCAGCGGUAGAGCGGUUGAAGAGGAAGAGAGGAGGCAGCGCUUCCAGCGUCGAAAGCUCCACUCAAGGAAGAGACAUACCAGGCCGGGAGAUGGCCAGUAGAGGAGAGUACUCAAGGUCUGCAGAGAUGCUGGAUAGGAAGCGACCGAGCUCCAGCGGUGGCAGUCAUGGUCACUCCACGUCAGGCUCAUUCAAGCCAUACGCAUACGAUCACGGAUCCAUAUCGCCUCUCGAGCCCACGACGACCGGUACACCUUUUAUCCGAGCACCUUCAAGAGGGAACUUGGCUAAAUCAUGGAAGCCUACGCCCCCAGAGGGAAGCCAUCGUCCGACAAUACAUGAAGUAGAUAGCUACAAAUGGGAUGAUGACAUGGAGCCCGCACUGUCGUCGGCCAAGGAUAAGGGGCCCGCGAAACCUUCCAAGCCAAAGCCGGGCCCAUCUGCGAAAGUCCCUGUUGGGGUCUCACGGUUGCAUCACGUAGUCAUGGACGCAGACUCGAUACGGAUGGAGCCUAUAUACUGGUCGCCGCUCAGUGAUGUUGCCCAGAUAGUUCGAGGAACGUGGUUCUACAAGGACAGCAUGAUGCCCGUCGAGGUUGAAGUUGCCAACAUGCUUGAAGUCGGAUACCUUGAAAUGAAGCCCUGGACACAGACCUGGAUGGACGAGCUCAACAGUGCCGUCGAAGUUGGUGCCUUUGGUGAAAUGAAGAUCCUGCAUCACCUCUGGCCUGAAAAGCCUAGGAAGUCAGAGAGUAGGCCAUCGACUUCGGCCCAAGCAAUGCAGUCCACAAGCUUGGUCCAGAACACGUUACCUGAAGACGACGAUGGCCCUGAGAAAGAGCGACGGGAAAUUGUCGAGAAUGCAUGUGACCUAAUUGACAUCUCUACUGGCCCUGAUGGCCCUGAUCACAAAGCGGCUGGAGACCUCGAAUAUGGCGCUGACGGACGGAAACGUCUCUACUUGAAAGCUGGUGUGAUAUAUUCAAACGAAAAGGAGGCCUUCAUCCUCAAGCCUGCGCUCCAGCCGUCCGACUAUUACGGUAGGAGGCCACUCGCAAACUACAUCCGUAAGGGCAGGCAAAUUGGUGUUCAUGUCGUACGUGGGUUCGACCAGGCCAUCUGGGACAAGCUGUAUCCAAGCAAGAACUCGCCAAAAGCACAAGCGGCACGUCAAGGUGUGUCGACCGCGCAAGCUGGCGCACCGCCGUACCAGAGGCAAAAGUCCGAUCCUGCCCUUGCGCAGUCCGAAAGGCCCAAGGUGACCGAUCUCGUGCUUGUAAUACACGGUAUUGGACAGAAACUGUCAGAGAGGAUGGAAACCUUUCACUUUACGCAUGCGAUGAACUCUUUCCGACGCGAAAUGAAUGUUGAACUUGGAACGCCGGAUGUUAAGCGUCAUCUACGGAAGGAUAUGGGAGGCGUCAUGUGUUUGCCAGUGAAUUGGCGGCAUCGCGUCUCCUUGGAUGUCGACAACACCGAAGUCGAAGGGCCAGAAGACCCUUCUGCCAACAAAUAUACACUGAAAGACAUUACUCCAGAUACUCUACCGUCAGUUCGUGGUAUCGUAAGCGAUGUGAUGCUCGACAUUCCGUACUAUCUUUCGCCGUUGCACAAUCCCAAGAUGGUGUCCGCUUGCAUACAAGAAGCAAAUCGUAUCUAUCGUCUGUGGUGUCAAAACAAUCCUGGAUUUGCUGAGUACGGUCGAGUCCACCUAAUCGCUCACUCCCUUGGCUCCGUAAUGGCCAUUGACAUUCUAAGUCAGCAACCAACCUAUGUAGAUCUCCAAUUUACAGACCCGUCCUUUCCUGAGGCCGACCUACCUCAAGACCAAUUCAUCUUCAACACAACCGAUCUCUUCGUCUGUGGCAGCCCAGUUGCUCUCUUUCUUCUCAUGAAGAACGCAAAUCUCCUCCCGCGCCGCGACAAAGAGAAACCCGGCGCAGACUCGUACGCCGCACCAGGUGUAGCCGGUGAACAAGGCACAUACGGAUGUCUCGCAGUAGAUAACAUCUACAACAUCAUCAACCCCUACGACCCCGUCGCCUGCCGCAUCAACCCAACCGUCGACAUUGUUUACGCCUCGAUGCUCAAACAAGCCACCAUCCCCUCCGCCUCGACGUCGUACUUUUCCUCUCUCAACCCUUUCCGCUCCUCAACCUCGUCACAAUCUGCUUCUGCCGCCGCCAACAAACCCACAACCGCCCGCCUCCCUAGCAACGUCGAGCUCGAGACGCACAACUUUACGCGAGAAGAGAUUGCAGAAAAGAGAAUGUACCUCCUGAAUGAUAACGGCCAGAUCGACUAUUACAUGAAAUAUGGUGGUGGGCCCUUGGAGAUUCAGUACCUGACUAUGCUUGGUGCGCAUAGUAGUUAUUGGCUCAGCAAGGACUUUGUCAGGAUGAUUGUAGUUGAGGUGGGUAGGGGACAGGGGAAAGAGGGCACGAUUGGGGAUAUGAGGGCUGUGAAGAAGAAACUUGUCGUCGUUCCUGCAGCAGCGACAUGAUAGGGUAUGGGAAAUAUAUGGGAUAUGGGGCAUUCAGACUGGGAAGUUUAGGCGUUAUUCAAAGGUUGGUUUGUGUCUUCGCUGGAGAAAGUUAUACCCCACUACCCACCGGUUCUUCUUGGGACAUGUAUGUUGUUAUACAUAGGGAUGUCUUUGGAAUUCUGCAUAUGAUGGACUGGAAGCAGAAGAGAAGGAAAAUACGCUUUUCGGAUUGUCUUUUUAGAAUUUCCUGGGUUAUACGUAGAUGUUUGGAAUCUUUCUUCUUCUCUCACAACAUGUGUAUGAUUAAUCUUGUUACCUAUCUAGCUGAACACUUGCUUCCCUCU